AUGUUGAAUAAGCUUCUCUGUAAAUUUCAGGCACCUAAUUUGUGUUUGUAUCGAAUUAGUAAAAUAGUGAGAGUUAAUAUGCUUAAAAGAGUGGUGGCAGUGUUGAUAGUUCUCUGCGCAAUAUUACUGUUGUGUGAAUCUGGAGAAUCGCAGAGGGAUUAUUACGAAGUUCUGGGAGUAUCAAGAGGAGCUUCAAAAGGUGAAAUCAAAAAAGCUUUCAGAAAACUUGCUUUAAAAUAUCAUCCUGAUAAAAAUCACGAACCAGGAGCAGAUGAAAAGUUUCGUGAAAUAGCAGAGGCCUACAAAGUACUCUCAGAUGAAGCGCAACGUCGCAAAUAUGACCAAUUUGGUCAUGGCGGACUGAAUGAUGAACAAGGCGGUGGUGGAAAUUUCCAUGAGUUUUUCAAUCAACACUUCAGCUCUAGAGAUUUUUUCAAAAAGUUUGAUUUUGGUGGAGAUUUUGAUGAUUUUUUCCAUUUUGACAAUAUUUUUGAAAGUUUUGGGGGACAUGGGAGUAAAUUUGGAGGUGGACCUUUUGGUGGGUUUCACUCUAGUUUUGAUGAUGAUGUUGGGCAUAGGUCUUUCCAGUCCCAAACUUCAUACAUGAGGGGUGGAGGUAAACAAAAGUGCAAAACAGUAACAAAGAAAGUGGGCAACACUGUAACUACUUAUACAACGUGUACCACUGAUCACAAUGACUUAUAAUUUUAUCCUUUUUUUCUGUAUAUGCCUUUUCUUCUUCACUUUAUUCAAAUUUGCCUGUACAUCGGCGCUGGAUGUAGGGCCAAGUCGUAACUUUACUAGUUGAACAAGCCUCAACUAAAAACUUUUGCAAUGAAUUUGACGAACCUUAGUUUAUGGAAAUGUGUGUAAAGUUAGAUCGGAGUCAUGACAAGCUGAUUAAUGAUAUUAUUUUAUAAUACGGUACAGUAUUCGGAUGCAAUAAUGCCCGCUUGAAACUAGUUUUUUUAGGGUGUCAAUAAUAUAUUAUGUAUAUGUUUGUCAAGAUUAUGUAUACACAUGUUUAAUUUUAAAUAUUUUAUUUAGAAAUUUCACUGUAGAUUACCACUCAUAGUUUUAUUUACUUGUUGCAAUAAAUAAUACGUCAAACUAA